AUGUUAUACGGUAUAACUCCGAUAAAAACGAUCGCAACUUAUGGUGCGACUGCUGAGCGACUGCGUCAAGAGAUAACGCUUGGUCUGAUCGCACCAAGUUCCAAGUUGCCGGCUGAGCGUCGAUUCGCGGAUGACCUUGGAGUUGCGAGAAUUACGCUUCGCGAGGCACUGAAAAUGCUGGAUGCUGAAGGGUAUUUAGACAUUCGACGUGGUGCUAGUGGUGGGGCCUUUAUCGUGGAUGAAGACCGCCUACGUGCCAUCUCGCUGGCACAGCUCCAUAAGUCUCAGGCUGGUUGUCUACGUGCUCUGGAGUUUUGGAGGAUUAACCAGCUUGCAUGCGCGCGCUUCGCUGCAGUGCGGAGGACGCCGGCUGAUUUGAAGCGGAUGCGUGAAGUGUUCGCGGUGUUACGGGAGGAUAAGCCAGAUUAUGAUCGUCGGAGGGCGGAAAGCGAACUCUGCCUGGCUGUCGCAAUGGCGUCAGGUAAUGUUUGGCUGCUCAAUGCGAUUCAUGAUUCUCUUGCGGCGUCAUUUCUACCAUUUGUGGAGGUUGAGUCUCAAGAUGACCAUUUUCCACUGGAGGCCGUAGAUCAGCUCAUCGUAGCAAUUCAAUCCAACGACAAGAGCUUGGCGGAUGCUCAGAUGGAUCGUAUCUGCUGUGUAUUUGCGGGGCGCUUCAAGUCGAUCUUGAUGGGCCGGAAUGUCAGGAGCAUU